CCCUUUUAUUCUUUUAUUCCAUCUAUCCCUUCUCUUCCGCCCCUUUCUAUUCUUUAGGCAAUUCUCUCCUCCGCACCUUUUAUAGGAGAGAGUGAGGAAGAGACCCCCGAGAACCUAUCGGAAGUCGGAUUGCUAUUGCCUUUUCCGCAGAAUCCCUUCCCCCACCCCCCUUGAGCAUAGGAUACCUUUACCAUUGAUGGUGGAAAGCUGAACGAAUUAUUAACGACAGAUCAAGGACUUACGAUAAGUUUCACGAAAAAAAAACCCCUUCAAAUCUUGGUAUACCACCGAAAGGAACCGGAAAAAAUGGCGGGGAGUUUCACGUUCAAAUGGGCCCAACCGGCUGGAGAAGUUUACGUCACUGGGUCGUUCGAUGACUGGGGCAAGUCUACAAAGCUCACUAAAGAAGGAGAUGCCUUCGUUGCUACAGUCUCUCUGCCAUCCGAAAAGAUUCUUUACAAGUACGUCGUAGACGGAAACUGGACAGUCGAUAUCACUGCACGCAGGGAAGCCGGCGACGACGGAAUUGAAAACAACGUCUUGCUACCCGAAGAUCUUGUCAAAGAGAAAACCGGACCAGAUAUGUCCUCAGCCGUUAUUUCCUCGGCUGCCCCCGAUUCUACUACUGCCGUACUUGCGGCCCAGGUCCCUAAGGAGACCAACGGCGACGUUCAGGAUGCGGCUAUUUCCUCCGCCGCACCCGACUCUACUACUGCCGCCUUGGCCGCUGGAGUCUCUAAGGAGGCUAGAACACCAAGCCUCAAGAAUGUUCCUGGUGGAUUCCCACAGACUCCGGCUAUCGAAACAUCCGACCCUACCUAUAUGGUCUCUCCUCAGGAGGAUGCCAAAAAGGUCACGCCUAGCGAGCCCGCUCCUAAGCAUGACGAUAAUUCCGAAGACGUCGGUGGUGGUGUCAAGCUCGAUACCAGGCAGGAGAAGGCCGAUACUUCUCCCGAGGCUCCCGCGGUCCCUGAGGUGGCUGAACAGAAGAUAGAGGUCGAGGAGGAGUUGAAGGAAGGACUUUCUGUUGUUCAGCCUACCACCGAAGGAAAUACUAUUAUCGACCAAGCGCAAGCCGAUAUUGCUGCUGCUGCCAGACUUAGCGGUGCCUCUGGCGAGGGGAAUGAAGAGACCACACCAGCUAUUACCCCUGAAGUUGCCAAACAGGCCCAAGAUGCCACCUAUGUUUCCCCCGAGGCUACUACGGCCGAGUCUACUGCUGAAGCGAAGAGGGAGCUUGGAGAGAGCACUACCGCCUCGGCCGUUUCCCCGGCUAGUGACGCCCCCGAAGCUAAGAAGGCCGUGGAGAACCAAUUGAGGGAUGAAGUCAAACCAGUCACCCCCGCCCAAUUGAACAACACUGCGGGCGAUGCUUCUACCUCCCCCGCCCCAAUCCCGAAGCUUGAAGUCACAGACCCUCAAGAGGCUACUACCCCAUUGUCUCCAACGACCCCGGUUGAGCCCGCUAAGAACGGACCCCCAGGAAAGAGCGUCGAGAACGGAAAUGGAGAACCUCCUUCCAGCCCCACUCAACUUACGAGGAAGAAGAACCGACUUAGCUUCUUCGGAAGCCUGAAGGAAAAGUUGCAUUUUGGCAAGGAUAAGGGGAAGAGUAAAGGGGUGGUACCGGUAAUGAUACGAAAAGUUCAUGUUCUUUUAUUUUUAAUUGUCUUCCUUUUGAUUCGACAAACCGUAAUACAUACUCAGCGGACGAUGGGUCGGGAGGGGAAGCUAGGGAUGCGGGCCUUGUGGAAUUCUGUGUCAGUGAUUGCUCUUUUCCAAUCGUGCAUGGGGACGGUUUCUGGGUUUGGUUCGAGGGUUUGGGGUACUAUUGUGCCCGCGGUGCGGUCCCCUUUGAGGUUUUUUCAUUUGUCUUCUUCUUGAGCUCUAAUUUGGCUAUUGUCUUAUGGCACUGCUGUGGAGCUUGGUUUGCGAAGGGAUGAAUACACUCUUUCCCUUUUUCCUUCUUUUCCUUUUUUGCUUGUACUGCUACGCUUCUCUCUAUCGCCUUAUUUCAAUUUUCUUUUCCCCGGUUCAUGGAGAGGUUUUCUUUGUCGCUUGUAGGUGGUAAUACGGAACAAAAGAUACAAGGGGAUUAUCGGCUGAGGGAUACAAUGUUAGAGGGGGCAAGGGAGACCGGCUUCAUUCAAACUUUUUCCACGUG